GCGGCGGCGUUUCCUGGUGACCGAGGCGGGGCGCCGAGGCGAUGGGCAGCCGAGAGGUGCUGGGCCAAGCGGCCCGGCUGGCCUCCUCCGGUCUGCUCCUACAGGUGUUGUUUCGAUUGAUCACCUUUAUCUUGAAUGCAUUCAUUCUUCGCUUCCUGUCAAAGGAAAUCGUUGGCAUAGUGAAUGUGAGGCUAACACUGCUUUACUCGACCACCAUCUUCCUGGCCAGAGAGGCCUUCCGUAGAGCAUGUCUGAGUGGGGAUGCCCAGCGAGACUGGAGCCAGACCUUCAACCUCCUGUGGCUAACAGUCCCCCUGGGUAUGUUUUGGUCCUUGCUCCUGGGCUGGGUGUGGUUACAGUUGCUGGAAGUGCCUGAUCCUCAUGCCGUCCCCCACUAUGGAAGUGGAGUGGUGUUGUUCGGUCUUUCAGCUGUGGUGGAGCUUCUGGGAGAACCCUUCUGGGUCUUGGCACAAGCACAGAUGUUUGUCAAGCUCAAGGUGAUUGCCGAGAGCCUGUCAGUCAUCCUCAAGAGUGUCCUGACAGCUUUUCUUGUGCUAUGGUCGCCUCACUGGGGGCUAUACAUUUUCUCUUUGGCCCAGCUUUUUUAUACUGCAGUUCUGGUGCUCUGCUAUGCUAUUUAUUUCACAAAGUUAUUGGGCUCCUCAGAAUCAACCAAGCAACAGACUCUUCCUGUCUCCAGAAUGACAGAUCUGUUACCCAGUAUUACAGGAAGUAGAGCUUUUGUAAAUUGGAAAGAGGCUAAACUGACUUGGAGUUUUUUCAAACAGUCUUUCUUGAAGCAGAUUUUGACAGAAGGCGAGCGAUAUGUAAUGACCUUUUUGAACGUGUUAAAUUUUGGCGAUCAGGGUGUGUACGAUAUAGUGAAUAAUCUCGGCUCCCUUGUGGCAAGAUUAAUUUUCCAGCCGAUAGAGGAGAGUUUUUACAUAUUUUUCGCCAAGGUGCUGGAGAGAGGAAAGGAUGCCACCCUUCAGAAGCAGGAGGACAUGGCUGUGGCCGCCACGGUGUUGGAGUCACUGCUCAAGCUGGCCCUGCUGGCCGGCCUGACCAUCACCAUCUUCGGCUUUGCCUAUUCUCAGCUGGCUUUGGAUCUCUAUGGAGGGGUCAUGCUUAGCUCUGGAUCAGGUCCUGUUUUGCUGCGUUCCUACUGUGUCUACGUCCUCCUGCUUGCCGUCAACGGAGUGACCGAGUGCUUCACGUUUGCUGCCAUGAGCAAAGAGGAGGUCGACAGGUACAGUUUCACAAUGCUGGCCCUGUCCUCUUCAUUCCUGAUGUUAGCCUACCUCCUGACCCAGUGGUGUGGCAGUGUGGGUUUCAUCUUGGCCAACUGCUUUAACAUGGGCAUUCGGAUCACACAGAGCCUUUGCUUCAUCUACCGCUACUACCGGAAGAGCCCUCACAGGCCCCUGGCAGGCCUGCACCUGUCACCAGCCCUCCUCGGAGCAUUCGCCCUCAGUGGUGGGAUUACUGCUGUUUCUGAGGUGUGGCUCUGCUGUGAGCAGGGCUGGCUGGCCAGGCUGGCGCACGUUGCCGUGGGGGCCCUUUGCUUGGGAAUGACUGUUGGGACAGCGCUCCUCACAGAGACCAAGCUGAUCCACUUUGUUAGGACUCAGUUAGGUGUGUCCAGACUGGCUCACAAAACCUCGUGACUUCAGAGGCAUGGACACCUGUGGCACCCAGACCAGCCGGGGUUUUGUGGGUGCAGAAGGGCCCUAUCAAAGGUCUGCAGUGGAGUAGGACCCACCCAGGCAGGUGACACGUCAGAGAGCCGCCGGACUGAACGCCAUCCGUUCGAAGCCUCCCACGGGAAGGAGCUCCGGUUCUAAGGGAAGACCAAAAAGCUCUUUUAAAAUCGA